GGUCGCGCGUGCGCAGACGCGAGGCGCGCCGGGGCGGCCGGAGCGGCUGUGGAGCAGGCGGCGCCAUUUUGUGCGCGGAGCCGAGGGCGAGCGAGCCGGGCGGGAGCGGCGGCGCCAGGGGCCCGGGGAUGGCGGAGGCUCUGUCAGGCCUGGGCGACGCGGGGGCGGCGGCUCCGGGCUCGGCGGACGGCGGGACGCGGCGCCUCAGCGACCUGCGGGUCAUCGACCUGCGCGCCGAGCUGAGGCGACGGAACCUCGACUCGAGCGGCAACAAGAGCGUCCUGCUGGAGCGGCUGCGAAAGGCCAUCGAGGACGAGGGGGGUGACCCCGAGGACAUGGAACUCUCGGCCGAGGGCAGCAGGAAAGCCUCCAAGCGCUCCGGCAAAGGACGGAAGCCGGAGGAGGAGGAGAGCACAGAGGACAACGGGCUGGAGGAGAACUCGGGGGACGGCCAGGAGGACGCGGAGAGCGGCCUGGAGCACCUGCAGGACAUCGACAUGGUGGACAUCAGCGUGCUGGAUGAGGCCGACAUCGACAACGGCAGCCUGGGGGGCUGCGCGGAGGAGGAGGACGAGGCCUGCGAGCUCCCCGAGUCCCCGGCCGAGGGCCACGAGCUGGGCGAGCCGCUGCCUGAGCCCUCGGUGGAGGACAGGGAGUCGCCCGACGACCUGGACGCGUCCUCGUCCGACUUCAUCCUGCAGGAGAUGGAGGAGCCGGCGCCGGAGCCAGAGCGCGAGCGCACCCUCGGCACUCUGGGGGCCGCUUGUAAGUCUCAGCCCGGAGCCGACGCGGCCCCGCAGCCGGAGCCGCCCCACAGCGCCCCCGAGCCCAGUAGCGGGGGGCCGGGUGGCCGGCCGGCCGAAGACCAGCGAGACGAGCCGCCGCCGCUGCCGCCGCGGGAGGGCGGCCGGGAGGAGGCGGCAGGAGGCGGGUCCCCGGGCCCGGCCCCCCCGUUAGCGGUAGUGCAGAAGGAGCCCCCCGCGGAAGAGCGGUCGGGGCCGGGCGGCCAGAGCCCGAGCCAGAGCCACAGCCAGAGCCGCGGGCGCAGCCGCAGCAGGAGCAGGAGCCAGAGCGCGGACUGCGAGCCGCUGGGCCCCGAUGAGCCCCGGCUGCCCCCGGCCGAACCGGAACCUGAACCCGAGCCAGAACCCGACCCCGAACCUGAGCCAGAGCCAGAAGCAGAAGCAGAAGCAGAACCCGAGCCGCCGGAAGCCCCCAGUCCGGAGUCCGCAGCCCCCUGGACCCCCGCGGCCACGGCCACGGCUGGCGAGGCCCCAGAAGACGCCGAGCCCCUGGCCCUAGACGCUUGUCACGAAGUCCCUCCUCUACCUCCUCCUCCUCCUCCUCCUCCUCCUCCUCCUCCUCCUCCGGCUCCCACAGAGGCCCCGGCCCCAGCCGGUGGGGGCGCUGAGCAGAGAACGAGUUCCGGUGGGGGCGACGACGACUCGGAUCCCAAAAGGCUGUCCAGAGACGACAGAGGGCGCAGCAGCUGCGGGCGGAACUUCUGGGUCAGCGGCCUCUCCUCCACCACCCGGGCCACGGACCUCAAGAAUCUCUUCAGCAAGUAUGGCAAGGUGGUGGGCGCCAAGGUGGUGACCAACGCGCGCAGCCCAGGGGCCCGCUGCUAUGGCUUCGUGACCAUGUCGACAGCUGAGGAGGCCACCAAGUGCAUCAGCCACCUGCACAAGACCGAGCUGCACGGCCGCAUGAUCUCGGUGGAGAAGGCCAAGAAUGAGCCCACCGGUAAGAAGGCCUACGACAAGCGCGACGCCGAUGGCAAGAAGGACAAGGACAAGGCGGGCAGCAGCGACAGGUCCGCCAGCCUUCGCAGGGAGGACAGGGCCGAGCGCAGGGAUGACACCAAAAGGGGCGAUGAUGGGGACAAGCUCAGGGACCCCGACGACAAAGCCGGCACCUCGGAGCGCUCGCGGGCCACCAAGUCAGGAAGCCGCGGCACCGAGAGGACGGUGGUGAUGGACAAGUCCAAGGGGGUGCCGGUGGUCAGCGUCAAGACGGCGGGCUCCAAAGAGAGGCUUUCCAAGAGCCAGGACCGCAAAUCUGCCAGCAGGGAGAAGCGCUCGGUUGUGUCGUUCGACAAAGCCAAGGAGCCCCGCAAGUCGCGGGACUCGGAGUCACGCAGGCUCCGGGAGCGCAGCGAGCGCAGUGAGCGUGAGCAGCGGAUGCAGGCGCAGUGGGAGCGCGAGGAGCGCGAGCGGCUGGAGUUUGCGCGGGAGCGCCUGGCCUUCCACCGCCACCGGCUGGAGCGGGAGCGGCUGGAGCGGGAGCGGCUGGAGCGCGAGCGCAUGCACGUGGAGCAGGAGCGGCGGCGCGAGCAGGAGCGCAUCCACCGCGAGCGAGAGGAGCUGCGGCGCCAGCAGGAGCUGCGCUACGAUGCCGAGCGCCGGCCGCCCGCGCGCAGGCCCUACGAGCUGGACCGGCGCGACGACGCCUACUGGCCCGAGGCGAAGCGCGCCGCCCUGGACGAGCGCUACCACUCCGACUUCCGCCAGGACUGCUUCCACGACUUCGACCACCGUGAGCGCGGCCGCUACCCCGACCACGGCGUGGACAGGAGGGAAGGAUCCAGGUCCAUGAUGGCCGACCGUGAGGGGCAGCACUACCCCGAGCGCCACGGGGGCCCGGAGCGCCACAGCCGCGACUCCCGGGAAGGCUGGGGCUACGGCUCCGACAAGCGCAUGAGCGAGGGCCGGGGGCUGCCGCCGCCUCCUCGGGGCCGCCGCGAGUGGGGCGAGCACGGCCGCAGGAUGGAGGACGAGCGCGCCUGGCCGGGGCCGGCCGACGGGGGCCUGAUGGAGCGGGACCACAAGCGCUGGCAAGGGGGCGAGCGCAGCAUGUCGGGGCACUCGGGGCCCGGCCACAUGAUGACGCGGGGCGGCCUGUCCGGGCGCGGCAGCUUCGCGCCCCGCCGGGCGUCCCGGGGCCACGCCAUCCCGCGGGGGGGCCUGCAGGGCGGCUUCGGGGGGCAGAGCCGCGGCAGCAGCAGGCCGGCCGACACGCGCUUCACCCGCCGCUACUAGCGCCGCCCCGCCCGCCCGCUCCGCCCCGCCCGCCCGCGCCGCCCGCCGCCUGUACAGACUUUUUUACCGGCUGCCGGGCGCAGCUGCGGCCCGGGGCCCCGUGUUCCCGCGGUUUUGUAAUAAACGUGUUUCCGUUCA